AUGAUUGGCUUGACGGCGGCGCUGCGCCGCGGCCUUGACACGUGGCGUGAUUCCGCGUGGUCACUUAACCACGUCGGCAUGAACGACAGCCGUCCGAUCGGAUCAAACGGGAUCCGAUCCGAGCGCCCAGAUGGCGCCACAUCACCCGCGCGGUCUGGCCAGGAGACCCGGGUUCGAAUCCCAGGUGAGGCGCGCGAGUUCCAGAUCUUAUCUGGACCAUCCGAUGAUCAAUCGGACGGUCCCGAUCUGCCGAAACUGAAAUUGGUUAGAGCAGGAGCCAAGGACAAAUGCAAGGACACCUACAUAGAAAGGUGGUCUUAUCCUCAUUUGCCCAUGUGGAAGUCAUCCAAACCAUUGGACAUUGAUCCAAAGGUUAAUAUACAGCCUAGAAAGUCUCUAGAAGAGAUUAGAGCUGUUGGAAUAGAAAUGAGUGGAUUGUCGUACACAAUGGAGGUUGAUCCAAUUAAUGAUUGGGAAUUGACAACUGCAAGUAACACUAUUAAUAUUGUCCUUGUUGGGAGGACUGGCAAUGGCAAGAGUGCAACUGGAAAUAGUAUUCUUGGAAGGGAAGCCUUUAUUUUCGAUGCUGGUUGUUUCCUAGUAACUCGUUUUUCUGAGCUACAAAGAACAAUUCUGAAUGAUGAUCGUAUUGUCAAUGUUAUAGACACUCCAGGGUUGUUCGAUUGUUGUACUAGUGCUGAGGUAAUAAGUGGGGAGAUAGUCAAAUGCAUGAAUUUAGUCAAGGAUGGUAUUCAUGCAGUACUCAUGGUAUUGUCCCUUAGAUCUAAGUUUUCAAUAGGGGAGGAGGCUACCUUUAAGAGCAUUAAAUCACUUUUUGGGGAUAAGAUUGUUGACUACAUGAUUCUAGUUUUCACUAAUGGGGACAUCCUGGAAUCUAAAAAGAAAAGCUUGAAGGACUAUAUUAGCCAUUUUCCAGAAUAUUUGAGGAAUAUCAUUCAACUAUGCAAGAAUAGAGUAAUCGUUUUUGAUAAUACCACCAAGGAUAUGAUCAAGAGAGAGGAACAAGUCAAUGAGCUACUCUCUCUUGUUGAGUCUGUUAUUGUGGACAAUGGUGGAAAACCAUAUUUAAAUAAGAUUUUUGCAAAACACAAGGAAGGAGCUUUACUUCGGCACCAAAAGGUUAAAGAAGUUGAAGCUAAAUAA